UUGUAUGAAAAAACAAAAAGUGAUUUUUAGUUAGUUUCUCAAAAUUUAACAAACAAAAUUCACAACAAAAUUUGGAAUACAACAACUACAAACACCGCAACAACAACAACAACAAUAACAGCAACAAUUACAACCACUGCAACAAAAACAACAACAACAACAACCAACCAACCGAUAACAACUUCAAAUUCAAGUAAAUAAAUAGAACAAAUAAUACGAGUAAAGUUAAUAAUAAAGAAAACUGUAACCAUAAUAACGAACCUAAUUGAACGAAAUAAACCGAGAAAUAAAUCAAAGCGCAACAAAUAACGAAUAACACAACCAAAAGGAAACAGCCAACUAACCAGGCAAACAAAUUAAAGCAAGCAAACGAAAAUAGACACACGAAAUAGCCAACAAAACCCAACAAGAAACAGCAACAGCAACAGCAGAAGAACAAAGCAGCCGAAACAAACGAAAAUAGCAACCGAAGCCAAUACAAAACCAAUCGAAACAGAAUCAGAACCAGAAUCACAACCAGAACCAGAAAUAGCCUUACAACCCGCCUCCAAACCAACCCAAUAGCAGAAUUCAACAUAUAUAACCGAUAACUAAAUCCGAUAACAGGAUAACAAAUAGAAAAUAGAGCAACGAAACAGAAACAGCAACAGCAACAGCAAAGGAAAAUGCAACAGCAAAAGUGAAAACUGAAAUUCAAAACCAAAAGCCAAUCAAACAAAAAAUAAAUACAAAAACGGAAAUAGCCAAAAUUUGUUAAAUUUAUUUUGUGUGUUUUCAACGGGAAAAAAGCAAAACUGUAACUAAAACAUAACGGAAAUAAAUAUAAAGCCAAAAACAUUUGUCGUUUAACAAAUUGAAACUCUUGCUUUUGCUUAUUUACAUAUUCGCUUAAGUCCUUAAAUUUUGCGUUCGUCAAAAAAGCGGUCGAGAAAAUGUUCUGAAAAAGUUUGAAUAAAUCGAGCUGAAUAACACUUUAUAAACUUUGAGAGGUGAAGCAAUCGAAAUAAAGAAGGAAGCGGCGAAAACCAUUUCGCAAGUGGAGAGCAAAAAACUGUAGAAACAGUUUUGUGCCAAAGUUGCGCAAUCACAAGUGUACAUUUGUGAAUGUCUGUGUGGACCGCGUCAGUGCCAGGAGCCACGUUGUACCGAGGAGAAGAUAAAUCCGAUCGAAGAACAUCUCUUUACAAUAUCAAUAUAUAUCCACAUACAAAUUAUCUAAAAUUGUUCAUAUCGUGGCAAAAGCCAAGUAUGAUUAUGAUCUAAAGGCAUGUAAAAUCCGUUUCGUCGAAAGCAUUUCGUACUUACAAGAAAUUAACCUAACACUAGUAGUGAGAAAAAGAUAAACAAAAACCAAAUAAAAUUCCAUUCAGAUAGGAGGAACGAUCUAGACUAAACAUCAAAGUAUAUUACUAUAACAAUAAAACACAAGUUUUUGACGAUCUUAAAAGUAUAGGGAAGGAGUAUUUCUGGUAUAAGCUAACAAUCCCACACCCAUAGGCAUCGUAGCAAAAGAAAACCUUCGAAUGGAGUGAUCUUUGCAUGUCAAUUUGUUGAACCAAAGGAAAAUCGCAUCAAUUAAAUCAUCUUUGAAACCAAUUUUAAGCCAACAAAGAAGAGGGUAACAUUUUAUUUUUGAAGAAAAAGCAAACGCAACGGCUUUCGGUGGACGAAGGAAGCAACUACACAAAGAAGUUUAUAAACUAAAAUAAAUAAAUGAAACACUUAAGAAGAAAGGAAUUUAAAAUUUAAUCAACAUGAAAAGGAACAAAUAACCAGCAGAGACCACAGUGGCGAUAAGCCCAGCAUAGAAAGCCAAGAAACCCCUUUAUAAUGUGCAUCAGAAGUCAAUAAAAGGAGACUUUGAAAUAGUGUAAAACGUCAUAAAAGUCACAGGCAAAAUAAACAAACAACCCGAGAAAGCAGAAGCCCUUACCUGAACACUUACCAAUUGAACAGGGAAUCAGCAGCAAUGGCCAUCAACUUUUCGGCUUCCUUUGCGGCUUGCAUAGCAGCCGGACUGAAGGUGCCGCGCCAGAUAAUGUACUGCAUCACCCAGGACACGGGCCAGCCAUACGUGCUCUAUAAGGACUCGCAGGACGCUGAACGGAACCCCGGUGCCAUAGGCGCCAGUCCCGCGCAGUGGGGCAGCGAGAUGUACCCCAACAUCCAGCAGCAGGCCCAGCAGCACCUAACCGCCCAGCAACAACAGCAGCAGAACGCGGCGCAGGCAGCGGCCCAGGCGGCAGCUGUGGCAGCGGCAGCGGGACAGCCCCAAAGUCCGCCGGGAGGCGGACAGGAGGCCCGCGACAACGGCAGCGGCGAUGGCCGUCAGCAACAGGUGUCGCCCUCCUCGAGUCCGUAUCCUUCGGUCCAGCAGCAGCAGCGAGCAAACGGGGCAGGCGACGAGGACCCCAUGAACCACCAGCUCGCCAACCAGCAGAACCCCGCUCCCAAUCAAAACCAAAGCAGCAAUGACCCCCAGCACUCGGGAUCCAACGCGGGCGAGUCGGGCAACCCGCACGUCCAGCAGAAUGGCGGAUCGCAAGGCGACCCCGCCAACAGUUUUCAGACCCCGGACUAUUAUGCCCCCCGCCACGCGGCACCGCAAGGCGGGAUGCUGGCGCCGCCUGGCUUCCCGCCGCUUCAUUAUCUUAACAAGGGCGUUUUGCCAAUGGAACAGUCUGGCGGCGGGGGCGGGGCCGGAGGCGGAGAGGCCUACGCGCUUCCCGAACUGCUUCCGGCGCAGCAGAACGGCCAGCAGAACGCCGGACCGGCGAACACCAAUGCCAAUGAAGGCGGUGCGGGAGCCAACGGGAGCGCAGGAGUAGGCGGUGCGACGGGAGCGAGCGUGGGAGUGGGAUCGGUGGGCGUGACGAGCGGCGGCAGGACGGGCAACGGACCAGGACGCCCGCACAAGAACAAGCCUCACAGCGACCUACGGCUGUUUAAGUGCCUCACCUGCGGCAAGGACUUCAAGCAGAAGAGCACGUUGCUGCAGCACGACCGCAUCCACACGGACGCACGGCCCUUCCCGUGCUCCGAGUGCGGCAAGCGCUUUCGCCAGCAGUCACACCUUACCCAGCAUUUGCGCAUCCACGCCAACGAAAAGCCCUUCACCUGCCCAUACUGCUCGCGCAGCUUCCGGCAGCGCGCCAUUCUCAACCAGCACAUACGCAUCCAUUCGGACGUCUCGCCACAUCUUAUUUUCAAGAACGGGCCGCACCCGACCCUGUGGCCCUCGGAUGUGCCCUUCCCUGGCGAGGACAACGACACAAAGGGGGAUAUCGCAGGCACGGGCGGCGGCUACCACGACGAGGACUCCCAGGGCACGCCGGAUGGCAGCGGAGGCAUGCACUACCCCUCUUAUUUCAAGGAUGGCAAGGGCCAAAAGAUACUGCCCGAGGUGCUGCAGCAUAUCGGUGUGAGACCGGCCAACAUGCCGCUCUACGUACGGUGUCCCAUCUGCGACAAGGAGUUUAAGCAGAAGACGACGCUGUUGCAGCACGGCUGCAUCCACAUCGAGUCCCGGCCUUACCCCUGCCCGGAGUGCGGGAAGCGUUUCCGGCAGCAGUCGCAUCUCACGCAGCACCUGCGCAUCCACACCAACGAGAAGCCCUUCGGCUGCAUGUACUGUCCACGCUUCUUCCGCCAGCGGACUAUCCUCAAUCAGCACUUGCGCAUCCAUACCGGCGAGAAGCCAUACAAGUGCGGUCAGUGCGGCAAGGACUUCCGUCAGAAGGCCAUCCUGGAUCAGCACACGCGCACCCACCAGGGUGAUCGUCCAUUCUGCUGUCCGAUGCCCAACUGCCGUCGGCGCUUUGCCACGGAGAACGAGGUUACCAAGCACAUCGACAACCACAUGAACCCAAACACCACAAAGGUGCGCCGACAGCAACAGCAACAGCAGCAGCACCAACAGCAGCAACAGCAGCAGCAGCAGCAGCAGCAACAACAGCAACAGCAGCAGCAGCAGAACAACGCCGUCGCCCAGGUGGCCAAUCACCUAAUGAACGACGCCAAGAGUCUGGCGGCCCAGCAGUUCCUCAACAACAAUAACCCCUCGACAGUAGACAACAAGGCCAACAUACUUCCGGUGCGCAGUAUAGCAUCCAACGCUGCGGCAGCCGCGGUUGUGCAGCAGUCGGUGGUAAAGAACGAGCUCUAUUUUCCGCAGUGCUACGGACCACCCUUUCAGCAUCCCUUCCAGGCACAACAGCAGCAAGCUCAGCAGCCCAGCGUGGCCCACGCAAAUGGAGGACCCACUCCGCCUGUAACCGUGACGGUGGCCAAUUCGGUGCCGUCUGGCGUGGUGGUUCAGCAGAAUGGUUCUGCCUCUGUGGUAGCCCAGUGACAUCCCACCACUGCGGCAACUGGGGCACAACAACAGCAGCAACAGCAGCCGUCGGCACCGCAGCAGCAACACCAUCCGCCGCCACCGCCGCCCACGUCAUCCGCGCAUCACAUUGCAGCAGCGACCGCCGCCGUCACCGCGGUCACGCCCUCAUCCGCCCACGCCUCACCAGUCGCGGCGCCACAGACUGUGACGCUCUCGAUCACGCUGCCGCCGCCACCGGCCCCCCAUACGGUCCAUCCGGGUCACCCGGGACAUCCUGGCCACUCGGGCGUGGCUAGCGGAGCAGCGCCUCCGCCGCCAACUCUAUCACACGCGAUUCCCAUUCAUCCACACAUACACUCUAUAUUCGGAUCUCUAUGAUGUCAUCAGUAAGAGAGACAGGAGCAGGAGGCAGGAGGCAGGAAUUUAAAGUUGAGGAACACAAACUAUUCACCAUAUUGCAUAGGUUCGAUUAGUUCUUUAGUAUUAGACGCAAAACAAAUUCUCCUAGUUUUUAAAACUAAUCUUAAACCACAAAACACAGUUUGGUAAUGGCAAACGAACGAACCGAGAGGAGCUGAACAGAACGCAAACAGGACGAGUACUAGUCUUUUUGAAAAGGACUCUAAACUCCUUUGAUAUAAACCAUGAACAUGAAAUGCAAAUGGUCAAAGUGUAAGAGAAGUAACGAGCAGAAUGAAGGAGAAACGAGAGCCAAAACACAACGUUAUACGAUUUCUAUUUGUUUUAGCACCCCAACAACUUUUAAGACCUACAAAUACAUAAAAUAUUUAUAUACACACAAACACACGGACACUUAAGAACAGGCGAAUUUCGUAACCCUUAAUUUUGGAUACAAUCGAUCGAGGAUAUACGACUUAGGCGUAAUACUAGGAUAGCUCCGAUACAAUGAGUAUAGACAUGUGACGUGAUAGAUGGGCAGCUAUUUGGGGCGAAGGUAGGAGGACUAAAGGGUUGAUGGGAAAAUAGGAGGAUGGGGAAACGCAGACGUUGGCGCUGAGUAAUUUGAUUUUCGAAGCAGCAUCUAAAUUUUAGUUCUAUACUUUAGAUAUUUUGAUGUAUUGGAGUUUUUGUUUAAUAAGCAUAGUUGAUCGAAUUACGCUGGGUGAACAGCUUGGCUUAGCCGAGGGAAUUCACCGAGGCCACCAAACUCUUAUUAGAAAUUUAUUUUUCAUUUCAAUUGAUAUGUGAUUUUUAAAGUGUAUAAAUGAAUACUGGAAUGCAAUUUAAUGAUACGAUAAAUCAAGAAUAAGUUAUAAAACCUAGGAUUCAUUUGUUGUCUUCCCCAACUAAUUAUGUGUAAUUUAUGUUGAGUUUUUAUUUAGUAAUUAGGCAUACGUUUAACCCAAAUAUGUCCACACCUUAGCACACACAAGGCAGACAAAAGAAAUCAGCUGGAACAUCUUGAUUAUUAAGCAGGCAAAUUCGAAUGUGACUCUUCAGGUGCCAUACACAAACAUAAACAAUAGUCAAAAGAUUAUGGUUAAACCACGUACCAAUCCUCCAACCCUACUCAGUAUAAUCUACCGAAUUGAAGACCACCCGAUCCCCACCAUCUAAGUUCUUUCCCUGCCAACUGUGUGGAUAUAAUCGACAAAUUUAGUUUCUUAACAAAUUUUCCAAUGUACCGUCAAAGCAUUUAUAACUGUUAUUGAUAUUUUAGAAUAUGUUUCCUAAAAAGUAUACAUAUUUUGUGUAAAAGUAUACAUAUUUUAUGUAUAUGUAGAAAAACCGUGGAAGAUAAGAAAUUAUAUUCAGUUAGUCGUUUCACCUUAUCAAGUAUCUACUCAUUAUUUCAUAAAUUUAAUAAUUAGUCAAUUAAGUUUCUAUUGCAAUCAAAUCAAGUGCUCCGAAUACGAUUUGUUUUCACUGUUUUAAAUUUAAAGUUUAUCAAUUAUGUUUGGAUAUUUUAUUUAAUUAUUUCAAUAAAACAAUUAUAUGAUUUAUCAGA